AUGAAAUUAACAAAAGCAAUAUAUUUUAUUGCCUUUUUAUUGGCCAUAAACGUAAUAGUCCCAGGAUCUAAUAAUUACGUACAAGCUAAAGCAGAUGAUUCAAACAAUGGAGUAAAGAAGGAUGGCAAACAGUCCCUUGGUGAAAUGAUUAAAAAUAACAAAGCUGCAUUUAUAUCUACAUUACUUGCAACAUUAGCAUUAGCAGCUGGUACUACUUAUGGUGCAAUUCAUUAUCACAAACACGGUACUUUAGCAAACUUAUUCGGAGGCGGUAAAUCACGCAAAAAAAAACCCUUAAAAAAAGAGGACUAUCUUAAAAUCCCAAAAAGUGGACGUCCUCAAAAAAAAGCCCCACCAGUUUUAACUCCAGUUUCUGAUGGACUUACAGCAAUUACUAUAAUAGAAGGUGGCGGAAGAACCCCAGCCGCCCCAUAUACUGUAAAAAUCCCUAAACCUGAAAAACCCGAUAAUUCCUAUAAAAUUGAUGAUUUGAUUAAUAAUUCAAAGCAUUAA